UUUCAAACACGGAAGUUUGUUCUGUCAUGACUCAAUUUACUACUGCACCUAUGGAGUGCUCAGUGGCUUGGCUUCCCUGUCGUGUUUUCCUCGAGGAAGCCAUGCAAAAGUGACCCGAACUACGCGACAAAAAUUAAAGUGGUCGAGGCAGGGAGCGAGAACAACUCUUCUGGACUUCAGGAACCAGGUUCCGACCCAAUGGCAUCCGCCGGACAGAUACAUCCGACGGGCGGAGCGGGGCUCGUGGACAGCCCGUCGCUCCACGGCAGCUCGGACAAUCUCAACUCCUCCGCUGUCAAUCGCAUGCUGAUGGAGUUUCUGAUAUACUUUGGCCGAGCCAUCCUCGUCCUCUACCCCGUGUAUCUGACAGGAUACCUGGGCCUCAGUAUCAGCUGGGUGCUGCUCUGUAUGAUGAUGGCCACCUGGUGGAAGAAGAACCGCCAGUGGAAAGACGCCCGGAUCGGAACCGCCAUCGACUUUAUGGAUAAUGAAGCUGUUGUGGUCAACAAGGAGCUGGAGAAUACCUUACAAAUGGCAUCAUGGGUCCACUUUCCUGAUGUUGAAAAAGUUGACUGGCUUAAUAAGGUGUUGGAGCAGGCUUGGCCUUUCUUCGGGAUGUACAUGGAGAAACUCCUUAAAGAAAACAUCCAGCAAGCUGUCAGGCUCUCCAGCUCUGCGCUCAAAAUGUUCACUUUUACCAAGAUCCACUUUGGACACAUACCUCUCCGGAUCACUGGAAUGAAAGCAUACACACAUGAGGUGGAUCACAGGGAGGUGAUUCUGGACAUGGAUAUAUGUUAUGAAGGUGAUGUAGACAUCGAUGCUGAAGUGCAGCCGCCAAUCAAAGCCGGCAUUAAAGGACUUAAACUCAAGGGGAAUAUGAGGGUCAUUUUGGAGCCCCUUAUUGGUCAAGCACCACUGGUGGGAGGAGUCACCUUUUUUUUCAUUCGCCGCCCUACCCUUUCAAUCAACUGGACUGGCAUGACCAACCUUUUGGACAGCCCUGCCUUCAGCUCGCUGUCUGAGGACGCUAUCAUGGACAUCAUUGCUUCACUCAUGGUGUUGCCCAACCGCAUGUGUGUGCCCCUCAUAGACCAGGUCAAAGUGGACCAGAUGAGGUUCCCGCUACCUCGAGGUGUGGUGAGGGUCCACUUGCUGGAAGCCAGAGACCUGCUGGCGAAGGACACAUACAUGAUGGGUAUAGUGAAAGGGAAAUCAGAUCCCUAUGCAACACUCAGAGUGGGCAACCGACAUUUCAAAAGCAAGACCAUCAAAGAGAAUCUGCACCCCAAAUGGAAUGAAGUGUAUGAGUUUGUCGUCCAUGAAGCUCCAGGGCAAGAGUUGGAGGUGGAGCUAUUUGAUGAGGAUGCAGAUAAUGACGAUCCACUUGGAACGUAUAAUCUCGAUUUUGGAGAAGUGAAGAAGGAAGUAGAGAUGGAUCAGUGGUUUCCUCUGCAAGGAGUCCAGAAUGGAGAGGUUCAUCUCAAGCUGCAGUGGUUUUCCCUGAAGACCGACCCCAGCCUGCUGAGGGAGUCUGCAGACGGUCUUGCUUGUGCUAUGCUUGCAGUGUACCUGGACAAUGCCUCCAACCUACCAAAAGACCACAAGGAGAUCUCUGGGCAUCAAAAACACGGAAAGCAUUCAAAGGAAGCCCGGCUCACAAAGAGAAAUGGCGGCCCAAACUCCUAUGUGGAAUUUUCUGUUGAUGAGGAUGUGCAAAAAAGCAAGGUUGUGUUUGCAUCUAAAGACCCAAAGUGGGAGGAGGGCUUCACCUUCUUUGUGCGUAAUGUCAGAACACAGCAGCUCGUGGUUCAGGUCAAAGAGCACGAGAAGAAGACUCAGCUCGGUAUUAUGAACUUGCCGCUGAGUCGCCUCCUCAACUGCUCCGAUAUGACGCUAGACCAGCGCGUGCCGCUUGAGCGCUCCGGAGCAAACAGCCAGAUCAAGCUGAAAGCAACUCUCAGGGUUCUUACUGUUGAAAAGCCUCAACCCAAGAUUAAAGUCGAUCCCUCUCCAAAAGACAAACAGCUGAAAUCACAGACUAACCAACAAGCUAAUGCGGCUGUGUCCAAUCCCUCCGCUGCUGCAUCCUCCUCUCCAGCACUUUCCCCCAACACCGUCCCAACUGCCUCUGACCCCACCGCCCAGUCCUUAUCUCCAAACUGGGCUCCUGAAAACCAUAACGGCCCCGAUGAAACCACGUCAAACAUGCGUCGGUAUGACUCCCACAGCCUGCUGUCGGAAAACUCCAUGGCUUCAUCACGUUUUGACGUUUCAGAGGGCGCCUCGUAUCCAGAGGCAAUCAGGAAACAUCAGGGUUCAUUUGGGGAGAUCCAGCUGACUGUGCGUUAUGCCACCCUGAGGAACAAACUCAUCGUCCUGGUUAACUCCUGCAGGAACUUAUUUCGCUUCAGUGAGAACGGCACAGACUCUUAUGUCCGCCUGUAUUUUCUCCCUGACCAAUCCUGGAUUCACCGCAAGAGGACACAUGUCAAGAAGAGGACAGUCAAUCCUGUCUUCAAUCACAAGUUUGAAUUUGAUGUGCCACUUGAAGAAGCAAAAACGAGGAAGUUGGAUGUGUCCGUGAAAAAUGGCAAAAUGUUCCACACACGAGAGAGAAAGGACAUCGGCAUGGUGAUGAUAGAUCUUUCACAGCUGGAUUUAGUCAAAGGCAUCACAGAAUGGUAUGAGCUCACACUGCCUGGGCUGAAGAAAUACAGCUAGUGGGUAAAGCUGUAAAACUUCCAUUUUCCCUGCAGCUCCUCAGCUUCUGCGAGGCCAAAUGCAGGCCUGAUAAAUGCUGAGAGAGCUGCAUACUCCUUUGUCUUCCUUAUCAUCACGGACCAGAGUUGGGUUUUUCCAAAAGCAGCACUAAACACAUCUUAGAUAGUGGACAUGUUUGGUACUGUAUGUCAAAGGCUGUGCGCUCACAGGCACAUACAGUAAUAUUCCAAACUACAUUCCUACUUUGGGUCUCACUUGGAAUUAAAUAUUUCAGUGCAUCUUGUCCCACUUAUAGAUAUCGCCUAUGGUAUAACAAAAAUACACUGUGUUAAAUUAUCUUGAAGAGCAGAAAUGUAGCUGCAAAUAAAACUUUUAAACAUGCAAAGCAGCAUAUUAUCUUAUGAUCCACUUUAUUGUAACUUAUAACCAAACAAUCCUUAUUUAUAAUGUACUGCUAAACAUUUACAUUCCAAAUUGUAAUUCAUCAGAACAUGUUUGUGUCAAGAAACAAGGUCACUUCUUUAAUGUGUAUAUUUUUUGUGAGAGGUUUGGUUUUUGAGUGGAUGUGUGAGACAUUUAUCCUUUGUAUUUUUGUGUAAAUAUUUGUAUUGAUAGUUUUUAUGUAAUAUUUUACAGUUGGGGAAAUAAACACAAAACAAGUGUGUACAA